UGGAAUAGAAAUUCUUAAAUGGACUCUCUAAGUGUUGAAUCAACAUCACUGUUUUUAUGUAUAAGGAGGAGACAUAAGAAAGUAGAUGUAACCGGUUGGACUGGAUUGGAGAAGGGGUGCAAUAAGAGCUAAUUGUCGUGGUUAAUUGAGUGCCAGCAUUGAGCCGAAACAGCCUUAAUCUCCUUAUAGGUCAUUUUGGUGUGUUUAAUUUUGUUUGCUUUGUGUUAGUUCUGUUUGUUUGUCCAUGCCAGGGCGGCAGACCUGUGCUGGUGUAACGGGUUGAACUGCCUGUGUCCUGAGCAAGCUGUGUCCCUCUGUCUUACCGUCGUCUAAUGACGUCAUGGGACUCUGCCAGCUGUUGAAUGGCUGACUAGUUAGUGGCGGCUAGGCCAUGAUUUUGAUAAAAACACCAGAAAUGGUAUGCUCAAUGAGGAGGUAUGCUCAUAGGAGCUCUCCCGGUGUUGCUGAGGACGUACCCUGUGCUGUGGUUGCGGGUGCAGAGGUCUUGUGGCACCCAGAGACUGCACUGUGGCUAGAAUCUUCCAAUGUUUAGGCUGGAUGGAGAUCCUGGUAUCCGGACUGUUUCGUAACCUUCACACACUGUCCAGUUGCGUGGAGAUCAACGGCCAGAUUUGUAUGACUGGCUGUGACCGAACUGACAACGACCUCCACCAUCAGAGCUAGCCGUCGAACCUUGGCUGGUGGCGCAAUGGGCCUCUUGCGCUUAUUUGCCAGCCUGAUGGGAAGAAUCAGCACUUUCAGGUCGUACCAAAUGGUCCUACUUCUCGCCGCUGCCAUGGCUGUAGUAGCGUUUUAUUAUUUCGGAUCGGAGAAGCAGAAUUUCUCCAGCACCACCAAGCGCAUCAAAGAGACCCAGGCAAGCCACAAUGCCAAUCGUAACGAUGCGGACCUCUCAUUAGACACCAGGCUGUUGCAUGAAGAUGGAAAAGGAGGUGCGGCGGGAGAGGUUGAUGAUGGCAGAGCGAAGAAGCAACUUUACCAUGCUCUGAUGAUGUUUACAAAGUUGGAUAAGAACAGGGGCCUUAAGGCAAAGUUUCAGGUGGCGAUGCGUUCCAUGGCUAAACAUGGGCGCUUUCUGGAGGGUGAAGUGCUGGUUCUUCACUUUGUGAGUGACGAGCAGAGUCGUGAACUGGGCACGGUGUUGCUUCCGGAGCUACUUGUGGAUGCCUCCUUCAAAUAUGAGGUGGUGUUCCAUGAUGUGGCUGCCCUGACCGAGAAGCUCUUUCCCAUCGUGGAGGCUAUGCAGAAGCACUUCAGCGCGGGAUCAGGGGCGUACUACAGUGACUCCAUCUUCUUCCUAUCUGUGGCCAUGCACCGCAUCAUGCCCACUGACAUGAAGCACAUUGUGCAGCUGGAUUUGGACCUUAAGUUCCGGUGUAACAUCAGAGACCUGUUCCAAGAGUUCAACAAGUUCAAGACAGAAGCUGUUAUUGGAAUCGCUCAGGAAAUGCAGCCUGUGUACAGGCACACGUUCUGGCAGUACCGUAAGGAGAACCCCAAGUCUGGCGUGGGGGACCCUCCGCCGGACGGGCAGCCGGGCUUCAACAGCGGGGUGAUGCUGCUGGACCUGGAGGCCAUGCGGGCGUCGGCGCUCUACAACCGGCUACUGGAGCCCGAGCGGGUGGCGCGCCUGGCGGAACAGUACCACUUCCGCGGUCACCUGGGCGACCAGGACUUCUUCACCAUGAUCGGCAUGGAGCACCCGGAACUGUUCCACGUGCUGGCGUGCGGCUGGAACCGGCAGCUGUGCGUGUGGUGGCGUGACCACGGCUACGGGGAGGUCUUCCAGCUCUACUACCGCUGCCAGGGGCCCGUUUACAUCUACCACGGCAACUGUAACACGCCCAUACCGGAGGACUGAGUUGGAUGGAUGGAUAAAUGAAUGGGCGCCAGAGGCAGAGGGCGUGAACAGACAUUUUUUGGAGAAACUCAGGAGCUGAUCUGUUGUAGCACUUAAAAGAUUUAGAGGAGUGGAUGUAGAUGUGGAUGUUGGUGUAGCGACGUCUAGAAAUGCCAUGCUGAAAGGAGUACAGAGGGAAGAAACCUUUUUUUUCUUUUUAAAAAGUCUGUGACGAAUGGACUUGGAUACCUUACAAAAUGUUAUUGACUUGGAAACAUUUUUAUUUUUUUUUCAAAUUAUGGCAACAAUGCAUCGCGACGCCGUCAUGAAAAGGGCUGCUUUUUGAUUACAGAAAUUAUGCCGUGAAAGUGCACAAAAGGGACUGCAGGGUCCAUAUAAAUGAUUUUCUAAUGUAAAAACGUGUGGAAAUAUAUAAUCCACGAGUAUAUUGCCAGCAAGAGGUGUUUUGACAUGGUCUACCACUGUUGAAUGCUAUAGUUGCUGACAAAAAAACUUUUUUGUGCUCAUUUGACGUUUGAGCAUGAGCAUUUUUAGUUAUUUCCUCAUGUCUAUUUGUCUUUGUUUCUGAAUGUAAUUGAGUGAGUAUGAUGGAGUGAAAAUAUCUGCGUUUACAUCGGCACUUUUAAUCAGACUAAAUGUAUAAAACUAAUAAAUAUGCACCAUAUAAACUGUCAAAUAAUUACUUUAAAUAUAAGUGGCUUAAAUAUGAACCAAUUUUAUUAUUAACUGAUUAUAUUUAGAUGAUUUAUCAUUUAGAAGUUCAUAUGAUAAACCGAUUAAAUGAGGAAACCCAUGGAAACAGUUCAUUUAAACCGAUUAUAUUUAAUCGACUUCAACGAAAAGUGCCCAUGUAAAUGUGGCUAAUGACACCUCUAGAGAAUAUGUGGGACACCUUCAGUCUGUGGGCUUGUCUAUUGCCAUCAUCUCUCCUCUGUUAGCCUACUGCAUUAUAGUAGUGCUUCCCAAAGAUUUUUCAGCGGGGACCCCUUUUUGGACUUUGGAUUUUCCUGACAAACUAUUACUAACAAUAUUCAUGGACCAAAAAAAUGCCUUGGCAAUUUUAGGUGAAAGUCGUGAAAAUAUUCUCAAGUCCAGCUGAAAAAGUUUGGGAACUACUGCCUUACCCUGUCUGAGCCAUCCCAUCAGUGUUACUGGUACCCCGCCCACAGCUAAUGCUCUCAGGACCUGACCACUACAAUAGCCUACCACAAGCAAACAGGCCAGUUUAAAUGGGACGAUUGUUACCUUUGUUUUGUCAUCUGCGUGCAUGUGUGUGCACUCACCCAUUUAUAUUACAUUACAUUUCACUUAGCUGACGCUUGUAUCCUAAGUGACUAACACGUAUUCAGGGUAUUGGUUGCAGUCCCUGAAGCAAUGUGGGGUUUGUUGCCUUGUUCAAGGGCACUUCAGCCAUGGCUGAAAGCGCUGGUAAGGUUGGGAUUUGAACCGGCAACACUCUGAUCAUCGACCAUGGCUGCCCCAUUAUGUUCAAGUGUGUCUCUUGUUUGUGUACAUGUUUGAGUGUUUGUGUGUGUGUGUGCGUGCGUGUGUGCGUGUAGUGCGUGUUGGGGUAAUGGGCUGCCAAGAGAAGAGAGGAGGAGCGGAAUGCAGAGCAGGAAGGAGGAAGAUAAUACGAGUGGAGGAGCAUAAGGAGAGAUGUUGAAAGGACAGAAAAGGAGGUCAUGGCGUAUGGAUGGUAAAUUUUAAGUAAUAACAGCAGAGCAGAGGCUGGCUAUUGGGGAAAGAGGUGAGAGGUGUGAAGCCAAGCUGUGUUCUCUCCGCCCCCAGAUAAGCACUCUGCCCUUUGAUGUGCUGCCACUGGGUUGCUGGCAAACUCCCACACACCCACAACUCACAUUAUGCUGUUACAUUCAUGUUCUGUUGCUCAGCUCGCAGACUCUCUCUCUCUCUCUCUCUCUCUCUCUCUCUCUCUCUCUCUCUCUCUCUCUCUCUCUCUCUCUCUCUCUCUCUCUCUCUCUC